AUGAAUGACUCUCCAGGUGGCCUCCUGCAGUUCAUAGCCUUCAACAAUCUUUCUGACGAGGGCCGCGCGAUCUUCCUCCCGGCCACAGGCUUCUUGCUGGGCAUUGUGACGAACUGGCUGGCCAUCCUCAUGGUCUUCAAGCCUUGCUUCCCAACACCCAUCCGGAUCUGUGGCUGGCACAUCUGCAACAUCCAGGGUCUCUUCCUGAAGCGACAGCCUGAGGUCUGCGUGCUCUAUGCCAAGAUGUUGAAGGAGAACUUCCUCUCCUUCAACAAGAUCAUCGGCUAUCUGCAGACGCUCCCCGAGCUUUGGGAGAAGCUGAAGGCAGCGUAUGUGGCACACUCCACGGCCGUGCUUCGGGAGACCCUAGGCUCAGCCACCUGGUUCGCGCAGUGGACCAUCGGCAAAGAGGGGUACAGGGACUUGGAACAGGACCUCAAGGUCGCCAUGGUCGACGGCCUCUACCGCGCGCAUCGUCUUCACAAGGCCCCCCAGUUCCGUGCGAAGCCGAAGUCAGGAAUUCGUCGGCGAAAUGUCACAGCGGAAAGAAAACUUACAAGUCUUUGCAGUGUCGUGAAUUCGGCCAUAUUUGCUUGCGGGGCACGCCGCAAAUUACCGCUCAGUGUUAGAGAGCAAGAUGAUCAUUUUGUUUGGACCAAGCCUGAUUGA